AUGAAGACAAGAUGUGAAAAAAAAAAAAAUAUGGACUUUGAUCUUUCCUAUCACACAUUUCUUUUUCCUUUAAAUCACAAGCAAAUCAUGACACAACUUUCUACUGAGGAGCUUUUAGCUAAGAUAGCUCAGUUGGAAUUAGAAAACAAAAUACUUAAAGAAAACAGCAAUCACAAAGAGAAUAACAACCAAAUUUUGACAAAUGACCAGUUCACUAAGAUAGAUGACAAUUUCUGUCUUGAUGAAUAUAAACGUUAUGGAAGACAAAUGAUAGUCCCUCAAUUUGGCUCAUUACUGUCCCAAAUAAAAUUGAAAAACUCCAAGAUCUUAGUUGUCGGUGCUGGUGGGUUAGGAUCACCUGCCUUAUUGUAUUUAUCAGCAGCAGGUAUAGGAACCAUUGGUAUUAUCGAUGAUGAUGUGGUGGAUACAAGUAAUCUACACCGUCAAGUUAUUCACAGUACUGAUAUGGUGGGAGAAUUUAAAUGUAUAUCUGCAAAGAAUUAUAUAAAUAAAUUAAAUCCACAUGUUCAAGUUGAUACCUAUCCAGUGAGAUUAUCCAAUGACAAUGCAUUUGACAUUAUCCUGAAGUAUGAUUUGGUGUUGGAUUGUACUGACCAUCCUGCAGUUAGAUACCUUAUUAAUGACGCUUGUGUUAUAUUGGGAAAGACUAUAGUCAGUGGGUCAGGUUUAAAAGCAGAGGGACAAUUAACUAUAUUGAAUUUUGCAGCCAUUGGUCCAUGUUAUAGAUGUUUCCACCCACAACCACCUUCACCGACUUCUGUCACAUCUUGCUCUGAUGGUGGUGUUAUUGGUCCAGCUAUUGGUAUUUUAGGUGUAUCUAUGGCAGUGGAAGCCAUCAAGGUUUUAAUUGGAUUCUAUACUAAAGAAUCUUUCCAACCUUUCCUUUCCACGUAUACCGCCUUCCCUCAACAACAAAUUCGUGUUUUCAAAAUGAGAAAGAGACAACCAACAUGUGUUGUCUGUGGAGAUAAACCUACUAUUACUAGAUCUUUGAUUGAGGAUGGUACAAUUAAUUACGCAACAUUCUGUGGAAGAGUAACUUUUGAUCCAAUUGAUAGUAAAUUCAGAGUUUCACCAAAAGAGUAUGCCAAUAUUGUCAACCUGGGUAAAAAGCAUUUAUUAAUUGAUGUGAGACCAAAAGAACAAUUUGAAAUUACCCGUUUACCUAAUUCAGUAAACAUAGAGUGGGAUCCACUGUUAAGAAAAGCAGAAAAUCUCAACGACUUCUUGCCACCAGGGUUUACUCAAGACGAUGAUGUCUAUGUUGUUUGCCGGUUUGGAAAUGACUCACAAUUAGCUGUUAAUAAACUUAUACAGAUGGAUUUCACGAAUGCUAAGGAUAUCAUUGGUGGUCUAAGCAAGUGGGUAGAUGACGUUGAUCCAAAGAUGCCAAAAUAUUAUUAA